ACUUUUAUCUGUAAAAAUCCACAAGCAAUUAAGAUAUAACAAUCAAUUGCUCAAAGUGUUGUCAUAUAUUUAUUGCUAGCCAACUAUCAAGGUGCAGAAUAAAAUCGACCCUUCCCAGCAGAAACCAAAUCAUGGACGGAUCAAUGGAAAUAUGGGUCGGUAAAGUGGCCAUCGUGACCGGAGCCAGUGCGGGAAUUGGUGCAGCCAUUGCCCAAAAGCUUGUAGAAGAAGGCUUACAGGUCGUCGGUUUCGCUCGACGAGCUGAACGCGUAAAAGAGCUUGCGAAGAAACUCCACGACAAAAAAGGGAAACUUCACGCCGUUAAAGCCGACGUUUCCAAGGAAAAGGAAAUUUUGAAGGCGUUCCAGUGGGUGGAAAAGCACGUAGGCCACGUUCACAUCCUCGUGAACAACGCUGGAGUCGUUAAACAAACAAGUUUGAUGGAAGGAGACACCAAGAUGUGGCAGGCGGUCCUUGAUACGAAUAUCUUAGGGCUAUGUGUAGCUACCAGAGAAGCUAUUAGAGUGAUGAAAGCUAACAAGAUCGACGGUCACAUUAUCCACAUCAACAGCAUUUCUGGUCAUAACGUUCCAGAUUUUCCUGGUUUGAAUAUCUAUCCGGCUUCCAAGCACGCUGUAACUGCUGUGACUGAGUCGUUGAGGCAGGAACUAAGUCAGGCUAAUUUAAAAAUUAAAAUCACGAGUGUUAGUCCUGGAUCGGUCAGUACCGAAAUGGGCCAAACUAACAAUUUUGUAAUAGAUGCCCAAACUGAGGCACUAUUGAAAAGUAUGCCCUAUCUGCAGCCCGAAGACAUUGCAGAUUCCGUUUUGUAUGUCCUUUCUACCCCACCUACUGUUCAGGUCCAUGAGUUGACUAUUAAACCAAUAGGCGAAUUACAAUAGUUACAAAGAAGAUGUACUUUUUUUGUUAUUUUUAGUAAAGUGUUUAUAAUGCUGUGUAAUAAAGAUAAUGCGUUAUAUAAUUAUCAGCAGUAAACGCAAUCUAAAAAUAUUUCUCUAAAUU